UCUUUCGGAAUUACUGCUACUCUGUGGGCACUGAAAUGUGAGUUUUUGGUCGAAUUGUAGGUCUCCUCACUUGGACAUUGUUCUAUAUCUCGAUUCAAUACAAACAGCAAAAUGGCCAGUCAAAAGCAAUUCAACCAAGAGACAAAUGGCGCUGAAGUCGUCACUUCAUUUCCAAAGUCUGUCGCUGACAAGACAUUUGUUAUUACCGGCCCAACACCAGGCGGACUGGGAUCUCAAACAGCUUUGCUACUUGCUGCAUCUAAGCCAGCAACUAUUCUCCUCCUCGGACGCGACGAAUCCAAAGCCGCACCCGCCGUAGAAUCAGUGAAAGCGGCUUCUCCAAGCACAACUGUUAAAUUUGUUCAUUGUGAUCUCGGAAAGUAUUCAUCUAUCAAAACUGCGGCUGAAUCUAUUCUGGCUACCACUCCCAAGAUCCACACUCUCAUCAAUAAUGCGGGUGUCAUGGCGCCAGCCGAAUACAACACUACCGCCGAAGGUCUGGAGGUUCAAUUUGGUGCAAACCACGUGGGGCAUUUCCUUCUAACAAACCUACUCAUGCCAGCUAUUGUUGCUGCUGCAUCUGAAGGAGCACGAAUUGUCAAUCUUUCCAGUAUGGGAUGGUCAUUGGGCGAAGUUAGAUUCGAUGACUAUAAUUUCAAUGAUGGGAAAGACUAUGACAAAUGGUCAGGGUAUGGCCAAAGUAAAUCAGCAAAUAUUCUAUUUACCGUUGAGUUGGCAAAGAGAUUGAAAAGCAAGGGAGUACACGCAUUUGCUGUUCACCCUGGCGUGAUCAUCACGAAUUUGGUAAGAGAGAUGGAUCCGGAGAAAGAUUAUGGCUCUUUGAUCGAACGUUUCAAUUCUAGAGGACACAUAAAGAUGGAUGGCUCAUUGCCUUGGAAGAGCUUAGAAGCUGGCACAUCAACAACAUUAGUUGCGGCUCUUGAUCCAGCUUUGAAAGAUCACUCGGGUGCCUACCUUGCCGAUUGUCAAAUUGCUGAAACAGCAGAUUAUACCACCAAUCCAGACUAUGCAGAGCGAUUGUGGGCGCUGAGUGAGAAGCUUGUAGGACAAAAAUUCGAUUUGUAAGGAGAUUGUUCUACUAGAACUAAGACAGAUAUAGACUCACCGCUCUUGAGGAAUAGUGUAAAUUUAGCAAUUGAUAGAUUUUGGCACCCACCUUGGAUAUGAUUAUACCGAACUGAAUUUCUAUUUCAGAGAAGACGGACUGCCGAGAGAAGUGAUACACUCUAUCUAAAGAUGCGUACCAUCUUCAAGAAAUAUAUGAUACAUGUUUCC